AUAUUGAACUGCUGACGUAGGCAGCUAUCUCCAACGGAUGAUAUGAAAAAGCCCAGGAAUCCCCUGGACAUAAUCAUCAGUGACUCUGAGAGAUAAUGUUUCUGUGGGUGUUAAACGUGGUGGUAGUUCUAUUGUGACCCUGAUUAACAUAAUGAAGAUGCUCUGGUAUCUGACCACGCAAUGGGGGCUGACGGGUUUCAGCACCACCAGUGUGGACGGCGACACCCCCUCUGAAUCAACGGUGUGAUUUUGUGGGCUCAUGGCAGGCUAACAGAGAAAUACAUUUACAGUUGUUGUACAUUUUUAAAUUGUACAAUUGCUGGCAUUUUUAUGAUUGAUUGCAGCUCAUUUGAUAGUUUAUAUAAACUUAGUAGUAAAAAAAAGUGUUUCCUUCCACUGGGCUCUUUUUAGAAUGACUGUUUUGGAUGAAGUCUGUGAGCAAUACAAUAUUUUAUUUUCCAUCCUGGUUUACACCUUUACACAUUCUGAGUCAUAGGCUUACCUCUUGGCUGCCCAUAGGAUGUUGUACAUCAAUAUGAACAGUAUAUCAUUGCACGGGCUAAUGGUACUCUCUCUGUGUGCUGUAAGUUAGAGCGCGUGGGUAGUGUGACUGCUGUGGCUUUAAGAGGUCUGUACUGUUGGCCCCUCAUUGGGUGUUAGAGAUGUACGCUGUGCACCAAUAGUGUGCAGAACUGUACAAAGAGAUCUACUCUCUCCCCCCAGCCUCAGCACAGUAACCCUUACACUACUCUGAGCUGGAGGAGAGAGAGAGAUGUGCUUACACAGAUGGAAGGAUAAUGUCAUCUAAACAUCAGUUUCUAUAUCAAAACUAAUGGAAGAUGCUAAAUGGAAUAUACAUUCUGGAGAUGUGUUUUGAUAUGAAACUCUUUGUUCUGGACAGUAUUUAAGUGGGAAUUGUGUUAUAACGGAUCAGGGAUGACAAAGAGAAUGGGAUACCGAGACUGGGGAUGGCUGGCUCUUUGGUGGCAUCAUUUCUUUCUCUUGUGGAGUACAAUAGACGGACAGACUCGCUACACCAUCCCGGAGGAACUGAAACAGGGCUCUGUGGUAGGAAAUCUAGCCAAAGAUCUGGGGUUGGGACUAUCUGAGAUAUUUGACCGUAAACUGCGUGUCGCUUCUGAGGCUGGAAAGCAGUACUUCAGUGUGGAUGCAGGGAAGGGCGAGCUGGUCGUCAAUGAGAGAAUAGACAGAGAGACUUUAUGUGGACAAAGCGCCAGCUGCGUUUUACCUCUGCAGGUUGUCAUUGAGAACCCGUUACAGUUGUAUCGUGUUGAGGUAGAAAUACAAGAUAUGAAUGACAACUCCCCUAGUUUUCCUUCAAAACAACAUACAUUAGAGAUUGCAGAAUCUACUGCGGCAGGUGUACGUUUUCCAUUAGAAAGCGCACAAGACCCAGAUGUUGGAAGUAAUUCUCUUAAAUCAUAUACUCUUAGUAAAGACGAAUGUUUUACUUUAAAAUUAAAAGAAAUCACUGGUGGAAGAAAAGUGCCAGAACUGGUUUUGGCUAAACCUCUGGACAGAGAGAAAAAAGUUGUCCAUCAGCUAUUAUUGACAGCGCUUGAUGGGGGCAAUCCCAUAAGAUCCGGAACGGCACAAAUAACCAUUACAGUGCUUGAUAAUAAUGACAAUAUUCCCGUUUUUGAAAAAACUGUGUAUAAAUGUUUAUGUAAGUGAAAGUAGCGGGAAGGGUACUUUAAUACUACAACCUAAAGCGACAGACAUCGACGAGGGCCAAAAUGGGGAGGUAGAGUAUUCGUUCGGUGUGCACACACCAGAUUCCGUGCUGUCUGUAUUUGAGAUUGAUCCUGUGACCGGGAAAUUGUUUUUAAAGGGGGAAUUAGAUUUCGAGAGUGCUGUACAUUUUGAAAUUGACAUCAGCGCGAAAGACAAAGGCACCCCUAAAAUGGAGGGACAUUGUAGUGUGCAGGUAGAAGUCGUAGACGUUAAUGACAAC